AUGGCCUCCGGGUCCCAAAGUUACCCUCAAUUCGAAUCAAUUAAAUCGAUUAAAUUGUUUCACGUUUUCCAAGACUCGAUAGGAUAUAACAUAUUAGUGGUGACCGACAAAGACCUCGUCUACGGCUUGGGAUCCAAUUCCUGGGGAUCUCUCGGUUUGGGACACGAACUGGUUGUCAAUACCGCGACUAUUAUACCGGAAUUGUGUGACAAGAAUAUUGUGCAAUUCUGUACGGGAUACGACAUUUCUAUGGCUAUAAACUCCAGCGGACAGGUGUAUGAGUGGAAGGAAUGGGUGCUCUAUAAACCCUAUAAACCCACCAAAGUGUUCGGUUUAGAAGACCAACAAGUCUGUCAAAUAUCGUGCGGUUGUGGUCGCUCGUUGGCCCUCACGCGCACCGGUAGUGUCUAUGUGUGGGACCAUAAUAUUUACAGACCCAACAGUACAAGCCCACAACGAUUGCAUUUUUAUGCCAAUGAAUCUAAUGUUGACAAUGAAUAUCACAUAAAAAGUGUGUUUUGCGGACAUUUCUCGAGGUUUGCCAUCACUGAUGAGGGACUGGUGUUUAGUUGGGGUCGAAAUGAAUGCUAUCAAUUGGGCCAUAAGGUAUUAUGUGAUUAUGUAUGGUACGAUUACACGAGCUAUCGAGCACGGUACGCGAGCUAUAGAGAUACCGAUAGCGAUAACCACUAUCAAGAGGGAGUGGUAUUUAAACCUCAAUUGGUAGCUAAUGUGACGGGCAUUAAAUCAAUCGCCACCGGGAGUCGGGCCACGUAUUGGCUGAGAGACGACGGGUUUGUGUAUUUUUGCGGUCAAUAUAACGAUCAAAGCGGUGUUCAAAUCAUGCAAAACGAGCCCAAAUUGUUGGACAACAUCGCCGGCUGUCAGGAACUACGGAUGAUUUGGGCGAACGAUGAGCACAAGGCUAUUGCCCUAAUAAACGACAGGGUUGUGGAGAUUGACGGCAUGAAUCGUGUGAAACAAACGGAUUACAAGAAUUUGUUUGAUUAUUGUCUGCACGUGUAUCGAGUGACUCCCGAGACCAUAAUCACUCCAAGCCAAUUACAUUCCGAUUGGACCCCGAUUUCUCAAUACGGGAACUGGGGUGAAUUAGGUACGGGAUCAUUCGGAACCGUAUAUAAAAUGAGAUAUAAAGGCAACCGCAGAGAAUAUGCUAUUAAAAGGAUUCCCAUAACAGGACCAGACAAAACGGACCUAGCUCAGUAUUUGAAGGAAUUAGAGAACUUAAAGCGGGUGCGCUCGCAAUAUUGUGUUCUUUACUUGCAUUCAUUUUAUGAUUUGCAUUACUAUUACAUUGUAAUGGAGUUGUGUUCGGACAGUCUGCAGACAAUUCUCGAUAAAAAACGCGAAGCCUUCGGUCGAGAAUCGGGUCAACCCAUGGGUAUGGUAGAAGCUUACAUCUCGUGCCAAAUAUUCAAAGAGAUCCUAAAAUGUAUGCAAUAUUUGCACGGAUUGACACCACCGGUCACUCACGGGGAUUUAUACCCUGCUAAUAUCCUAACAAGUCGAGGAUUUUAUCUCACUUGCUUUGACAGUCAUUGCAACCGCAGUCAUUUUAAAAUAUGUGACUUCGGGUUGACUACUAUUCGCCAACACAAGUCCGGUAGAUUGGGUAAUCUUGACUACCAGGCCCCAGAGAUUGGCCGUGGUGAGCAUAAUCAUAAAGCGGACCUUUAUUUGAUGUGGAAUUACCAUACCUCACUUAUUACGGCAUGCCGUUAUACCUCGGGAUAUAACGGCAGUCUCAUAAACCUCACUUUACACCGGCAUGCCGGUGGUUGCGCGGGAAUACGUUCACUAUCGUAUUCAUCGGAUAACGAAUUGGUGAACAAAUGCAUGAUAAAUGUAAUGUUCGUAUUGCAAUCCAUGUCGUACUACAACUGGGACCACCCGAAAAACCCCGAAACCCUUCACUGGACAGACAGACGUGAAUGCAGUGAAGUGUUGGAGACUUACAAAGAGUGGACACUUUGCAACAAAUGUCUGCUAUCGGGUUCAUAUGUCGUCGAUGCAAUAGAGUCUGGAAACGUAUAA